AACGCAAACCGCCGAAGCUCGUCCUCAAAAUAGUCGUAUAUAACGUAACGAGAAUAAAACUAAACAACUAACAAGUUAAUCAAGCACGUUUUGACAAAAAUUCAAUGAGAAGUGCUAGUGCAUCGUGUUGAUAGUUAUAGAAAGACGGUUAUAUGCUUGUAUUAACAGUUAUUUUAACAUGGAGGGAUCACAACGCUUGCAAAUUUUGUUAUUGUUUGUGGUAUUUUCUCAAGCUCACUCCGUGCCGUAUGAUGUGCAUUGGUUGAGCGGCUCACAGACCAUAGACAGAGAUAUUUCAUCUACAAAACAAAAUAUAGACAUUUACUGUUAUCGAGGCACAUCCAAAAACAUCUUGGCUCUAUGGCUAACAGCUAAGUUCCACAUAAGGAUAAAGAAUGAUGAAUUCAGCCAAUACUUCGGCAGCAGCCCGGCCGAGGUGUACAAAGAGUACACGGAAGACAGCUACGGCUGGUCCGUGGUCAGUCCGUUCCAUAAGAGGACCUACAGGACGGUGGCUAUAGACCUGUUUAAUACCACCUGUAUGGCCAUCAAUACUAAACAUAGGCACAGUAUUGAGCUGCAGAUUAUUAGGGUGGACAUUUGGCGCGUACUGCUAAUGUUCCUGGGCGCGUGCACCGUGUUCUCAUCGCGUGCGCUCAGCGGGAACCCGGUGUUCUUCUACUUGUGCGGGGUUCUCGUGGGCGUGUCAGCUUCGUUCAUGGUGCUGGUGUAUUAUAUCAGCAGACUUCUACCUAGGAAAACCUUAACAUACGGCGUGCUGAUCGGCGGUUGGACGGUCGGCGUGUACAUCUUCCAGCAAGUAUGGGAGAACAUCCGGAACAUUCUCCUGACACACCAGACGUAUCUGUUCUGGUACACGCUGGUCGUGGGCUUCAUCAGCUUCCUGGUGUGCUACAGGGUGGGACCGCCGAGGAAUCAACGGAGCAAGAACCUUGUCAUGUGGACGUUACAGGGCAUCGGCGUCCUAAUGAUGUUCUUCAGCAGCGAGUAUCAAGAGGCUUCCACGGCCGUGGUAGCCGUUUGUCUCACAGUAAAAUACUUCCCGCAGUCCGUGCUCAACUCUGUUUAUGGAUAUUGGCGACGCAAGUUCCCGCCGAAGCCGCGACUGCUGACGAGUGAAGAGUACUACGAGGAGGGAGCGAGAGAGACGAAGCAAGCUCUCGAGAGUUUGAGGAAGUACUGUUCGAGUCCGGACUGUGCGCAGUGGAGGAUUAUGCUCCAACUUAAUGACUCUAAAAGAUUUGCAUCAUUCGUCGAAGGAGACUCCCACUUAAGCGACGAGGAGAUCCUCGACUACGAAUCCUACGCGUUCUCGACGGAACCCCGACGGAAGCCCGUCGCCAACUCCACCAGAAUAGCCCCCCUGGACAUCUCGGACGAUGACGAUAUCACGGACGAUGAAAUUUGAACUUUACGGUGUAAGGUAUAAGACUGAUUGUUUGUUAGCUAGUUGAGUCUAGUCGUAUUGACGCAAGUAAUGCAUUUGCCUUCAGAACUUCGGUUGUAGCAUGGUCACAUUUUUAUCGCCUGUCACGUUCUAACAAGUAAGUGCGAAAGUAACAGGUGAUAAGAAUCCUACCAUUCUAACGCCGCUGGUCAAGCUUUUAAUUUUAAGAUAACAAUCUUUUUUAGGGUUCUGUGAAUUGGAACUCUUAUAGUUUCAUGUCGGUCUGUCUAUCCGUCCGCAUAGCUCCCUAUUUCACAGAAAAGAAACUAUUAGGCAUGAAAUUAGGGAGGUAGUUUGCCUAGGUUCAAUUCUUAAAAAAUCUAUUUCCAUUUGACCACACCAGUCCCUAUACGUGGGCCAUACUGAAAGUUUCUGGAUUCUGAUAUAUGAGACUACUUAUUUUUUCUAAGUGGCCAGUCCAGGAAUUUUCAGUAUGCCCUAAGUAUAACCUUAAAAAUAACUUGACUUUAAAAAUAACCUUGGGUUUUUAAUGAUUUUUUUUCGUAGGUGCAUAGACCUAACCCUACCUACCUAUUUUUAUUUUUUCUGUGAUUGACGUUUGCGCUUAAUGACAUAAAGAUCUUUGUUUGUCUCGUUUUUGUAAUUAUUUUUGUAAUUUUAGAUAAGUAUGCUAACUAAUAUCAUAGUCCCAUUAAAAUGGAAGAAUAAAACAUAUAUUAGUGUUUCUGCUCGUGUUUUUAAUUUUACUUUAUUUAUAGUACUGUUAGUAGUGUUCCCUUUUUUCUUUUAUAGCUUUGUUGUCUUUCAACAUUUCACGAUUAAAUCAGUAAACCUACAACAAUCCUGAAAUCUUCGAUAAAUUUAAUAUUUUUGUUCAUAGUUAAGGCCUUAAAAUUCAUUAAUUUUACUAACCCCUUACUGCAUGUAAAAAUAUUUGUUUUAAUUUGAACUUUAAUAGCUGUCAAUAGAGUUGAAUAUCAUAUCCGCCAUAUAUAGCUUCGUGUGCGGUAAAGGGUUAAAUUAUAUAUCAUCAAAUUCAUUGUGUUACAAAAAUAACCCAUAUGUAAUAAAAAAUAUUUGUUUAAAUUUGAACUUUAAUAGCUGUCAAUAGAGUUGAAUAGCAUAUCCGCCAUAUAUAGCUACGUAUGCGGUAAAGGGUUAAAUUAUAUAUCAUCAAAUUCAUUGUGUUACAAAAAUAACCCAUAUGUAAUAAAAAAUAUUUGUUUAAAUUUGAACUUUAAUAGCUGUCAAUAGAGUUGAAUAGCAUAUCCGCCAUAUAUAGCUACGUAUGCGGUAAAGGGUUAAAUUAUAUAUCAUCAAAUUCAUUGUGUUACAAAAAUACCCCAUAUAUGUACAUACAUAAAUGUAUGAAAAACUAAUAUCUUAUCUAAAGAGAGGACGCUUACCACAAAUAAUUUCGUACAUUGAUCCGGCUGUCCCUAUCUCUAUUGCACGCGCAUAAUUAUAUUGCUGUCUCGCACGCACAGUGUCAUUGACCGCCGAUUUACGCCCAUUAUACCCCGGCCACACACUCGACGAGUGGUAAGGAAGUAGAGAGGGAAGUAUGCAGUAUGGCGGCCGAUGACGAGUGGCGCGGCCACACUACGUCUCUGCCUACUUCUCGUGCCACUCGUCGAGCAUGUGGCCGAGGUAUUAGGGCGGGACAGAAAUAUAUUUCUUUCCUUGUACUGGUUUUACAAGUGUUAUUUUUUCUUUGUUGUUUAAUUUCGUCCUCGUGUUUUGCCGAUUUUGGUCAAUUUUCUCUGAUGGCGUAUGAAAUCAAACAUGCAAUGAAAAUAAAAACAAACAUAACUAGUUAGUAAUAAUUUAAUUGUAUAAAAUCCUUGUUGAUUUGUAAAAUAAUUGUGUCUUAGGCUAGCACCAUUUAAUUAUAAGAAUAAUUUUAUUAAAUUUCUCUUAAAAAUAUCUCGUCAAGUGCACUUCAAUUGAUCCUCAUUAUUAA